AUGAAGCUUCUUACACACAACUUUUUGUCUUCUCAGUUUAUCAAGGGUGUCAAGGAAGGAUAUCCAUUGAAGUUGACAGUCAAUGUCACUGAGGUAAGAGCUUCUUUAAAUUUCUUUUUUUAGGUACUAAUACUUUUAUUAAACUUCUGAUUGAUCUUUUAUUGAUAGUUAUGACUUAAUUUUUUAGAAGAAAGACUUUGAAUUCGAUCCAGUGAUGAUGGUCAAGUUGUUACCUAAAAUGCAGUAUUCCGUACUGCUACAAACUGCCAAUAGUAUUGGUAUUGAUAUCAGCGAAUUACCAGCAGAAUUGCCCGAGAAUUGGAAAGAAGAUCACGAUUUCUUGAAGAAGGUAGGUGAAAACAUUCAUUUAUAUUGUUCAUUGUUUAGGCCGCUGAAUUGGCAUUGGGUUAUGAGAUUAUUGAUGGAGAAAUGGAGUGUCCAGAAAGUGGGAGGACGUUUAAAAUUAAAGAAGGUAUUCCAAACAUGCUCAUUGAUAAGGAUGAAGAUUAA